CACCUUACAGCUCUGGUGAAGUCCCUCUUUUCAUGCUUUUACUUUCUGCAACAAGAAGUUCGUUUUCCAGAAUGCUUACUAAUCAAUAAAACCUUUAUCUGAUUUCCUUGAAAGUUUCACACCCAAGAUUUUUUGAUUCUCCAAGCAUCAUUUGCUUCAUAUUCUCUUUAUUUGGCUCUCAGUGUCUGAAGAAAAAAGUAAUUACGGUUUUAAUAUUUAUCUAUUUUAUUAAUACUCAGUUUUAGAGUAAAUUAUUUUGCUACACCAAUUUGGGUCAAAAGCUUCAAAAAUUGAAGUUUUAUUUUUCGAAUUCCAACAUUGCAACUGUCAGCUUUUUCUUGCCCUCGGUACUGCAUAUUUCUUCCAUUAAUAAAAUUGGUAAUUUUGAACUGGUGUAUCUAGUUCUUGCUUGAAAGGACGACAAAGAUAGAACCUUUUUGUUGAAAAUUAUGUUUGAAGAAAAAAAUUCUACUCCAACUGAUUGUUUAAAUUUAGACUCAAAAAAUGUUUUUUCUGGAAGUUUUAUACCAGAUGACUCUCAAAUCUCUUUCCAAUCUCUAGUUCCAAGUUCUGGUCAAAAUGUGGCUAAAAAUCUUUCAAUUACUGAUAAAAGUAAUGGAAAUGAUCGAAAUGAAAAUUUGGUAGAUCAUAAUGAUGCAGAUUUAAUAUUGAUAAAUCAAAAUAAAAUAUAUAAUCACCUUAACUUAAAUCUAGCUGGAAAGGAUUCCGAAAAUAACUCUCUGAAGGAUUACUCUCUCAACAGACUAUUUGAUAUUUAUCCUAAAUUUUUAAAUCAUGAUUGCAAUACAGUAAGCAUUUCUGAUCAUAAUUUUCUUUCCUUUGAUAAUGAAAGAAUUGAGUUAAACAAGCUAUUGCAAUCAGAUAAGGAAAUUUUUACAAAGAAAUAUCCGAUUGAUAAUUCAAGUCAAAACUCCUUUUUUCUUUUCUUUACAUUUGAAGAUAUUUCAGCCGAACAACCAAAAAGCAUUGAAAAUUCCAAACUACACCAACAAAAUAUAAUCUGGAUUUUGAGCAAACUUGGUUCUCCCAACAAUAAAUUACUUAAAUGGUUUCUGAGAAAAUUUCCAUCAAAUCAAAUCAAAUUAAUUUUAGAUUAUUCUACGUAUUUAACUGACAUUUUUAUUCUCCAAAAACUAAUAUCACUUUUCAGCUCCGCUAACUCAAGCCUCAACCUUGAAAUUUCUUUUGAAAUAAUUGUCUCAUAUCUUGUAAAACUUGGCGCCAAUAAUGUCAUUCUAGAAAAUAUAAUGAUAUCGGAAAAGUCAUUUGAAAUUGAGGACUAUCUCACUGAUAUUAACUUGAAUAAUUUUGGCUGCUCUAAUAAGGAAAGUAUUAAAAUUUUAAAAUUUUCUAAUUCAAUCGAAUCAAUUUUGCUCAAAUUUCAGUUAAUAAUAUACAUGGCAUUGAAUUCAAAAUUUUCAGAAAAACUUUUUAUAUUUUUGUUGAAACUAGUCACUUUGGUUUCAAUGGAUUCUAGAGUGGUUCAGUUGCAGAGUUCUACUGUUAUUCUUUCUGAAAUUUUGGGAAAGAUAAUACAUUGGUAUUUUACCUUUCAGAUCAAAUCAGUUGAUCAGAACAGAAUCAUUAAACAAGAACCCAAAUACUUAAAGGAUAGUUUAAUAACGACACGAUAUAAAAGAUUUUUUGCUUCUAAUAAAAUUACUGUUGAAGAUUCUUUUUCUUUUUAUAAAAAUUCCUCUGGCUAUAGGUUUAGUUCAAACUCAGGCUGUCAGAACAUCAGAUUAAAGCUGUUUUAUGAUUUUAUUCCCUUAUGGUUGUUUUCUUUUUCCUCAAAUUUUUCUUAUGUGAAACUAAUAGUUGAUACAUAUAAUUCAAAUAACAACUUGGCCAGAACUGAUAACUCUCUUUUUUAUCAGUUUAAAUUUUGGUUGUUCGUUACUCUUAUCAACAGCAAAGAUGUCAUGGAUUUAGGUAGGUAUGAUUAUUUGCCUGCAAUUAACUACGAUAAUCUUAUUUCUUUGAAAGAAAUAGAUUUGAAAUAUUCUUUUUUGGACAGGAAAUUUAGAAAGAUUUUACUUUUUCAUGCUAUUGAUCAUACAAAAUUUUUAAGUUCAAAAGGUAAGAAAAUAUCACAUAGCAGGACCAUGACUGAGUUGAAAAGUAUAUUUCUAAAGCUAUAUGCAUUGCAAUUUUUACUUAUAAAUUUUUACGUGGAUAAUAACAAUGAUUUUAUGACAUUUAUUAUUAGUACGAAUCAAUUGAAUAUUGCGCUGAAUACACUAAAACUAUUUGAUUGCGACCUAUUAAACAAUGGGUCAAAUCAUAGUUUAGUUUUGAAACUACUUCAAAAUUUAAACAAAAUAGAAUCUUUUUUUACACCUUCUUACAGCUUUCAACUAAAUAUGGAAAUACAAAAAUGUGAAACAAUAAUUUCUUCAAUGUCGAGUCAAAUUGCAUCAUAUAAUUUUCCCUUUAACCACUGUGAUUUGAAGAACUAAAGAAUCCAAAUCACUUUUUAGAGUUAGAAUCAGCAAAAAUAUAAAAAGUUUAAUUUUGCGUAAACAAUAAAUAAAUAACCAAAUAUUAUUUCUCGCUUUAAUAGUUGUUAAGGACUAGUAAGAAAAAGA